UCCUCGCAGGACUUUCAGUGACCUGCUUUUUUCCCCUCUCCCCUAUUUCAUCUCUCACCUGCGCUCACAUCCAACCAGCUCUGCACUGGAUCACAGCCAGCUGUUCCUCCACACGGACUCGGAGCAACCUGUUGGCUGCAUCGCAAGUCGGUAAAGAAGGCGAAAUAUACGGCGACUAACGACAGCUAUUUAGUCGGAUUAAGAGGCACGGAGCAGCACAGACUCCAAUUCAAGAGUCAUGACAGCGCUCGCUGGUGGUUUACCGAGAAUGAUGAGACCGAGUCCUCACCAGAACUACCCGCGGGGUGGAUACUCUCUGGAAGUCUCCACUCCGUUAGGACAGGGUCGGGUCAACCAGCUCGGUGGCGUCUUCAUAAACGGCAGACCUCUACCCAACCACAUCCGACACAAAAUCGUGGAGAUGGCCCAUCACGGAAUCAGACCGUGCGUCAUCUCGCGUCAGCUGCGAGUGUCCCACGGCUGCGUGUCCAAAAUCCUCUGCCGGUACCAGGAGACAGGCUCCAUCAGGCCGGGGGCCAUCGGAGGGAGCAAGCCAAAGCAAACCGCUACUCCAGAGGUGGACAAGAAAAUCGAAGAGUACAAGACAGAAAACCCGGGCAUGUUCAGCUGGGAAAUCAGGGACAAACUGCUGAAAGAUGGCAUCUGCGACAGGAACAACAUUCCCUCAGUGAGCGCCAUCAGUCGCAUCAUGCGCUCCAAGUUCGGCGGAGUUGGUGACGAUGAGGAUGAUGAAAUGGUGAAGAGGGAGAUGGAGGAAAACGAACCACGGACAAAACACAGCAUCGACGGCAUCCUGGGAGACAGAUCCAGUCACUCAGAUGAGGGCUCCGAUGUGGACUCAGAGCCAGGACUACCCCUGAAGAGAAAGCAGCGCCGUAGCCGGACAACCUUCACUGCGGAGCAGCUGGAAGAGCUGGAGCGGGCCUUUGAACGAACGCACUAUCCUGACAUCUACACACGGGAGGAGCUGGCUCAGCGGGCCAAAUUGACAGAGGCUCGAGUUCAGGUGUGGUUUAGCAACAGAAGAGCCCGGUGGAGGAAGCAAGCGGGAGCCAAUCAGCUGAUGGCUUUUAACCACCUCAUCCCCAGUGGUUUCCCCCCAUCAGCGAUGUCAGGCCUUCAGCCCUAUCAGCUGUCCGACAGCCCCUACCCUCCUACUUCUAUAGCUCAAGCAUCCGAGCAACCCAGCACAGUCCACCGACCCCAGCCGCUGCCGCCCACCUCCAUGCACCAGAGCGGGCUCAGCUCGUCGGCGGGAGUUCAGGAUGCAAGCUCGGCGUAUUGCCUGUCUUCUGGGCGUCACGGUUUCUCAGGAUACUCGGACAGUUUUGUGGCCCCGACAGGACACGGCAACAGUGUAAACCCCGCCAUCGGCAACAGCCUCUCACCACAGGUCAUGGGCCUGUUGAACCCAGGUGGAGUGCCACAUCAAUCCCAGAGUGACUUCACCCUCUCUCCACUGACCGGAGGCCUGGAGCCUAACGGAGGCAUGGCUGCCAGCUGUCAUGGUUCCCAGCGCCUGGAGACUCUACCAGGCCUGACCAGUAUGCCCACCCUUCCCAGCACCCAGUCUUACUGCCCACCUUCCUACACCUCCCCCACCUACGCUAUGGACCACCAUCCAUCCUAUCAGUAUGGGCAGUACAGUCAGAGCAAGGUGCCUUUCAUUAUAUGAAGCCCCCAACAUGGCCUGAGCAGGAGGCUUCUCCGGGCCAGUCUGACAUUCAUCUCCAGAGAACACCCCCACUCACUGCCUUUGCCAAACAGUCCCAGCCCUGAGGACAGCGAGAGAGAGAGAAAGGGGAGGGAGAGAGAGAGAGACAGAGAGAGAGAGGUUGGGUGGGUAAAGUCUCAGUGUUCUCCUUCAGCAAGGAAGGAAAUCAAUUGAGAUGGACGUUAAGUGACGGCGAUGGAGGGGGUGGACUGGAAUAAUUAUGACCAAAGGCGCAACAUCUCCUGUUACCUGGCACUCGCUUUGCUUAUGCGUCACGUCAUGCUCCAAGUAGCAAGCAAGGUUCAUUGUCCGUGCUGAAAGAGGAAAAGAAGAGGGGUGGGGAGAGGGAAGUAAAUACAUUCAAGAUUCUGCGUUUGGUUAUUGUAAUAAGUGGCAGAGAUGCAAGUUGAGGCGGACUUUGUAAGCGCCCCCUGGCUUCUGGGGCCAAACCUGAUAUGGAGUGUAUGGCUGAUGUUAUCAAAAGGCUGGAUGGUGAAAAUGUGCUGCGCUCAGCCACAAUGUUCUUCUGAGGAUUUCUUCACCACAAUGUCUUAGAGUAAUGAUAUUAACUGUACGUCAAUGUGAUUCCUGUAAAUGUCAUUGGAUAUAAAAAAAAAGAAAAAAAGGGGCGACCACACCGGGAAGAGGAAGGCCUGGAUUGAGGCGGCGUGGAGUCAUACAGUGAAAUUACUGCAACCCAAAGAAAGUGCAAUACAUUCAUACCUCAUAUAAAUGAACACAGAACAAAUGUCCCAGAUCAUAUCCGUAACAACAUGCUCGCUCUUUUUUUAUGUCGUAAAUUCUGGGUCGCAUGCUCAAUCAGGGGAAAUCAUCAAGUGCUGAAUAAUAGCAAAUGCAUUGUCGUGUUGUCAUCGAGCCAAAAAAAAAAAAUCUCUGCCAGUGAAUACAUUAUUCAGUUUGACAGUAU